GCCUGUUUUUCAAUUGCAUGGAAGCCCGACGCUGCGUACACAGCCGGUGGAGGCGUUUCAUUACUGUCAUUUGAUUCCUCGCUGGAGGCAGAAAGCCAUACAAGAUAAGAGUCAACCCUUACCAGUUGCCACUAUCAAUACCAGUCCCAGUAAUGGCUUCAGCUUCAAUAAUCAAUUCGUUGACCUCUCCCUGCAAAACCUAUUCUUUCCGAGCUUCUGCUGCAACUCCCUAUUGGUCGGGCAGCAGCACAUCGCUCAGACUCAGAUUCGGCGAUCGUUAUCAGAGUGCAAGACAAAGGGUCUCUUCACCUUUCUUAGCUACCUGCAAAGCUGUGUCUGUGAAGCCGCAAGCGGAGAUCGAGGCUCUCAACAUUGCUGAAGAUGUUACCCAGCUUAUAGGAAAAACGCCAAUGGUGUACCUGAAUAAUAUUGUCAAGGGUUCAGUGGCAAAUAUUGCUGCCAAGCUUGAGAUCAUGGAGCCAUGUUGUAGUGUCAAGGACAGGAUAGGAUAUAGUAUGAUAAAUGAUGCUGAGCAGAAAGGAGUAAUAACGCCUGGGAAGAGUAUUUUGGUGGAACCUACAAGUGGAAACACAGGAAUCGGUCUUGCAUUUAUUGCAGCUUCAAAAGGAUAUAAGCUCAUUUUGACCAUGCCUGCGUCAAUGAGUUUAGAAAGACGAGUUCUUUUAAAAGCAUUUGGAGCUGAGCUUGUUUUGACAGAUUCAUCAAAGGGCAUGAAAGGGGCAGUUCAGAAAGCUGAAGAAAUUUUACAAAGCACACCGAAUGCUUACAUGCUUCAACAAUUUGAUAAUCCAUCUAAUCCUAAGAUACACUAUGAGACAACUGGCCCAGAAAUAUGGGAAGAUACAAGAGGGAAAGUGGAUAUCUUGGUUGCUGGAAUUGGAACUGGUGGAACCAUUUCUGGCACUGGUCAAUUCCUAAAACAACAAAAUCCCAAAAUACAGGUUGUUGGUGUAGAGCCCUUAGAAAGCAACAUACUAUCAGGUGGAAAACCAGGACCUCACAAGAUUCAGGGAAUUGGGGCUGGAUUUGUUCCCAGGAAUUUGAAUCAAGAUGUGCUUGAUGAAGUUAUAGAGAUAUCAAGUGAUGAAGCUGUUGAAACUGCAAAGCAAUUAGCGCUCCAUGAAGGCUUGUUGGUAGGUAUUUCUUCAGGAGCUGCAGCGACAGCAGCAUUGAAGGUUGGAAAGAGACCUGAAAAUGCAGGAAAGCUUAUAGCGGUUGUCUUCCCAAGCUUUGGGGAAAGAUAUUUGUCUUCUGUUCUUUUUCAGUCAAUUAGAGAAGAAUGUGAGAGAAUGGAGCCUGAGCCAUGAUAAAACUUAGAAUUUUACUCUUCUCAUACAUUCUCCUUUGUCAAUUAUCAUCCUUGAAAAGCUCGGGAGACAAUAGUGUGACAUGCGAUUGUCCAUAUUAUGUCAGCUUUUCGUUAACAAAAUAAUUACAAAAACAGUACGCGGAAGUUAAGGCGUGUGCAAUGCCCUGAUCUUGUAAUUUGGUAACAUGAGCUUGCUCAUGUGCCUUCGGUGCCUUGUGAUAUACUCUUGAUUGGACUGAUGGAGCGAUGAGCUUGUGCCUUGAGCAUCGAAUAA